UCUACAGUCUACUGUAGGAGUCAAAACCAUCGCGUCACUCGUCGUCCCCAGUCCCCUCUCCGUGGCCGUGGCUCCGCUCCCAGCCGGCCACCGCCACGCCAUGCUCCCUCUCCUCCUCGUCCUCCUCACCGGAGCUACCCCUGCGGUGUCAGCUUCCGGGGACGGUUGCCGUGCGGGCUGCCCGCUGGCCCUCGCCGCCUACUACUUCUCCGCGGAGUCCAACCUCACCUUCAUCGCCUCCCUCUUCGGCAUCGCCGACUACACCAAGCUGCUCCCCUACAACCCCGACAUCGCGGACCCGAACUACAUCGUCACCGGGUACCGCGUCAUCGUCCCGUUUCCUUGCUCCUGCCUCGGGCUCCCCGCCGACCCAGCCUCCACCUUCCUCGCUGGGUCGCUCUCCUACACGGUCUCCGGCGGCGGCGAGACGUACGGCGACGUUGCAUCGCAAUUCGCCAACCUCACCACCGCCUCGUGGCUGGCGGCCACCAACGCGUACCCGGCGGGUAAGCUGCCCGCCGCUGGGAAGAUCGAUGUCAACGUGAACUGCUCCUGCGGCGACAAGAGGGUGUCGCGGCGGUACGGGCUGUUCCUCACCUAUCCGCUCUGGGAAGGGGAAACGUUCUCCUCGGUGGCGGAGCACUACGGGUUCUCGUCUCCUGCGCAGUUGGAGCUGCUCAGUAGGUUUAACCCUGGGCUGGACGGGGCCUCCGGGAAGGGGAUCGUGUUUAUCCCAGUGAAAGAUGCAGACGGUAGUUACCACCCUAUGGAAUCAGGAAAUAGCCUUUCUGGAGGAGCAGUAGCAGGAAUUGUGAUAGCCUGUAUUGUUAUUUUGAUUGUUGGCAUCUGGCUGUAUUAUAGGCAGCAAAAGAUGAGAAAAGCCGUAUCACUCUCGUCUCCAGAGGAUUCGGUCCAACUUAGCAAGGCUUCACAAACUGAGGGCAUGAAGGUUGACAGAUCCAUAGAGUUCUCAUAUGAAGAGCUUUCCGAUGCUACAAACAACUUUAGUAUGGAGCACAAAAUUGGGCAAGGUGGUUUUGGCUCUGUUUAUUAUGCUGAGCUUAGAGGCGAGAAAGCUGCCGUAAAGAAAAUGGAUACAAAGGCAUCUCAUGAAUUCCUUGCUGAACUGAAGGUUUUGACACGUGUCCAUCACUCGAAUCUGGUGCAUUUGAUUGGCUAUUGUGUUGAGAGUUGCUUGUUCCUUGUUUAUGAAUUUAUUGAGAAUGGGAACCUAAGCCAGCAUCUGCAUGGGACUGCACAUAUAUUUCUUGUAGGUUAUGAACCUCUCUCAUGGACCAGUAGACUGCAAAUUGCUCUUGAUUCAGCAAGGGGUCUAGAGUAUAUUCACGAGCACAUUGUUCCAGUGUAUGUUCAUCGGGAUAUCAAGUCUGCAAAUAUCCUGAUAGACAAAGAUUUUCGAGCAAAGGUUGCAGAUUUUGGACUGUCAAAACUUUCAGAAAUUGGAACUACAUCACAGUCACUCCCAUCACUACGAGUUGUUGGCACAUUUGGUUACAUGCCUCCAGAGUAUGCUCGGUAUGGUGAGGUUUCUCCUAAAGUGGAUGUCUACGCUUUUGGUAUUGUCCUGUAUGAACUUCUUUCAGCCAAAGAAGCUAUUGUGAGAUCAACAGAAUUCACUGAUGCACAAGGCCUGUCUAAUCUGUUUGAGGAGACUCUCAGCAUGCCAAACCCUAAGGAAGCUCUUCAGGAACUGAUUGAUCCAAGGCUAGGCGGUGACUAUCCCAUUGACUCGGUUGUGAAGGUCGCGUACCUUGCGAAGUCAUGCACGCAUGAAGAGCCCAGGAUGAGACCUACCAUGAGAUCUGUAGUGGUUGCUCUCAUGGCGCUUUCAUCCAAGGACCAUGAGCUAACUCGGGGACAGGAUUAGCAUACCAGUGCCUUUUCAGAUUAUUAGAUGAAAGUAAUACAAAUCGAUCGUGUACAUAUGCAAUGUAUUUUCAUUCUGAUUUUGUAGCGCUAAAGUAUGCCAGUAAUAUUACUUGCUGCUCGGAAUAGACAAUUAAAAAACAAUAGUUUAAUUCAAUAUAUCAGAAGUGGAGAUGGCCGAGCGGUCUAAGUUGGCAGAUUAA